CGACGACUGUACAUACCGCGACGCAGAAUCGUCAAUCUAUAGCAAGAUGCUUUAUAGGCCACAUUCUAUUUCAUAAUGAACUAAUUCGUCCUUGAAUUUACAAGUCUCAGGUUGUCUAGAGGUGAAAUUCUGAGCGGGGAAUAAGGUACCUUACACCAAGCUUUUAACAAGAGUUUAACAAGAGCAGAUCAAAGCUGAUUUUUUUUACGACGAAAGGAGAAGAUGUCUCACUCAUCGCACGAUAUAAUAGACGACCUUGAAAAGGCACCAGACGAAGAAAACGCCGUGGCACCGCUAUCAGAACUCACCUCAGAACGACCGGUUGAGCGUCGCGAUCGCGGAACAGACCGCGAAAGGAUCAGAGACGAAGAACAACAAAGGGAGCAGGAAGAAAGUGCAGGCUACGAUGAGGGUAUACCGCUUGCAGAAAUCACGUCUGAGCCACCGGUUGAGAGACACGAAGAGCGAACGACGACGGUAGCAGAGGUUUUGCCUCCGUUGUCAGCCUGGGCUACAAGACUGUAUACGAUUUCAUAUCUGGUAUUCUUUGCGAUCUGGGGAACACUUGCGCGACUGGGUGUGCAGGCCUUGACGACGUAUCCUGGCGCACCCGUGCUUACGGGUGUGCUAUGGGCGAAUGUAGGCGGAUGUAUCCUAAUGGGCUUCUUCAUCGAGGAUCGAAACAUAUUUCGCGAAGAAUGGGGUCAACCUACAAACCCUGGAAAGUCGCAGAACCCACGGCGCAGGCUACCGUCCACAGCGAGCGCGCAAGAACGAUGGCUUAAAACCCACAAGACAGUGAAAAAAUCAAUUCCGCUUUACAUCGGCCUCACGACGGGGUUUUGUGGCUCGUUUACUAGUUUCUCGAGUUUUAUGCGAGAUGCGUUUUUGGCACUAUCGAAUGAUUUGGUCGAUCCGUCUGUUUUGUCUACUUCUAGUAGUCUGAUUGAUGGCCGCGGACGAGGGGAUAGUUUUAUGGCUGUUGUUGCGGUGCUCGCUAUAACCGUGUCGAUGAGUAUAGCCGCUUUUUAUCUAGGUGCCCACCUUGCGCUCGCGCUCGAUUCGUGGAUACCCAUCAUUCCAUUCCGAUUUACGCGAAAUGUGCUUGAUCGUCUUGUCGUUUUCCUAGGUUGGGGCUGUUGGCUCGGUGCAGUUUUUAUGGCUAUCUGGCCACCGCAUAAUGCAUGGCGAACCGAUGCACUGUUCGCGAUUAUCUUUGCGCCGCUGGGUUGUCUAUUCAGGUUUUAUAUGUCACUUGCAUUGAACGCGCGAAUCCCUGCUUUCCCCUUGGGAACUUUUGCGGUUAAUAUUAUUGGUACGGGGGUGUUGGGUAUGUGUUUCGAUUUGCAGCAUGUAGCUGGUAUUGGGGCCCCGGCUACAUCAUGGCGUUUUGAUCCUCUGGCAUCGUCAAGGCCGUCACGUUUCCCUGGUGCGGCGGCUGAGAUAGAGGCCACCGCACGCUCGAUCUUGGUAUCCUGUCAGGUCUUGCAGGCUGUCAUGGAUGGAUUCUGUGGCGCGACUACGACGGUGAGUACCUGGAUAGCUGAGCUGACGUCUAUUGGACUGGGAACCUCGCGACGGCGUCGAUUUGCAUGGGCGUAUUUGUAUGCUGUGGUUAGUAUGGGAGUGGGAUUGGGAUUGUUGGUUAUUGUUAUGGGGAGUGUACGAUGGAGUCGUGGCUACGUGGCCCUCGUAUAUACUACUUUUGUCCAGUCAAUGUCAUAUGUAUCAUAA